CCACACGCACGAUGCGAGCAAACGAGAACACAAUGCUUGUGGGCGGCCAGGUUGUUCUGGUGCCGUACAGAAAAGAACAUGUCGUCAAGUACCACGAAUGGAUGGCCUGUCCUGAGCUGCAGGAGCUCACUGCGAGCGAGCCUCUGACCCUGGAGGAGGAGUACGAGAUGCAGAAGAAGUGGCAGCUGGACGAAGACAAGCUGACAUUCAUUGUCUGUGCCCGAGAGAUCCCCGCCGCCGAAUCGCAGGAUCUCCGCAAUGCAUUAACCAUGAUCGGAGACGUCAACCUGUUCCUCAAAGGAGACAAAGAUGACCCUGAAUUUGAAGUCGAAGUCGAAAUCAUGAUCGCAGAGCCCGCAUACCGGAGACGCGGUUUCGCCUCUGCUGCGCUUCAGACGAUGCUCUCGUAUGCAACGGCGUCCGACUCCCCUUCUCCGCUCCCCGUACCCAAAGAACGGCUCGUCGUCCGCAUCGGUGAGAAGAACGAGGCGAGCAUAAGACUGUUUGAGAAGCUGGGAUUCGCGAUCACGAAGAGGGUGGCAGUGUUCGAGGAGAUUGAGAUGCGCUUCCAGCCAGAGAGUGAGCCAGGGAGCUGGGCAGCUGGUGAGAUUCGGCUGUACUCCAGCUCGUGAGCGCGAGCAUCUUCUGUUUCACUUUUCACAACGAGACUCCCCCAAGAGGGGCUCCUGCUGGGGCUCUAUUCCUGCUAUAGCUGCGCACCGUCGGGGC